AUUUAUUAGUGACUAUUAAAAAUAAUAUGGAAGAAGCACCUCAAAUGGAAAAAUCUAAUGAAAAUAAGCAAUACAGCACUUUUAAAGCUCAAGAAGAUUCUUAUGGUGUGGCCCAGGUAGACAACACUAAAGGAACAAGUCUUUAUAAACUUGAAGGCGGAGAGACUGAUGAGGAAGCUCAAUUUUCUAAGAGUGAGCAAGAGAUGCCUGAGGAGCAUACCUCUUGGUUCAGCUUCAAAAAGUUAUGGCUCUACACAGGUCCUGGAUGGCUAAUGUCUAUUGCUUACUUGGACCCUGGAAACAUUGAGGGAGACCUACUUGCUGGAACUCAUGGAGGUUAUGGACUUAUCUGGACUCUUUUCCUCGCAACAUUUUGAGGACUCAUCAUCCAGAUCCUCAGUGCAAGAGUUGGUAUUGUCACAGGUAGAGACUUAGCUGUUCUGUGAAGAGAGCAAUUUAAUAAGCCCAUGAGAUUAACUCUGUGGGUCAUGGCAGAAAUAGCCAUUAUUGGAAGCGAUAUCCAAGAGGUCAUUGGUACCGCAAUUGCUUUCAAAAUUUUGUUUGGAUUCCCUAUCUGGGUAGGAGCCAUCAUUACAAUUCUGGAUACUUUCACUUUCUUAUUUAUCCAUGCUUGUGGAGUGAGAAAACUAGAGGCAGUCUUCGCUGUCCUUGUUGGAACCAUGGCUAUCUGCUUCUGGUGCAACAUGUUCAUUGUCCUGCCUGAUGCAGGCGACGUCAUGAAGGGUUUUAUCCCUCAAUUACCGAAAGAUUCGACUGGAGAGAUGAUUGGGCUUAUUGGAGCUGUAAUUAUGCCUCAUAAUCUUUUCUUGCACUCAGCUCUUGUACAAUCGAGGAAAAUUAAUAGGCAUAAUAACAGUAAAGUUAAAGAAGCUAACAAAUAUUUUGCAAUUGAAGCAGGAGUUUCUCUCUUUAUAUCAUUUUUGAUUAACCUGGCAGUUGUAGCAACUUUUGCUUACUAUCACUUGAAAACAGGCUCAAGUGAUAUUGUAUUGAACAACGCACAUUUUGCUCUUCAAGAGAGUUUUGGUACAAAUGCUAAAUACAUUUGGGCUAUUGGAUUAAUGGCUGCCGGACAAUCAUCUACUAUGACUGGAACUUAUGCUGGUCAAUUCGUAAUGCAAGGGUUUAUUAACCUUCAUGUGCCUGCAUACGUCAGAGUGUUCAUUACAAGAGCGAUUGCUAUUGUUCCUGCAAUUAUCUUCGCGUUCAUAAAGUAUACAGACAACUUGGAUGGGUUCCUGAAUAUUCUACAGGCUAUUCAGUUACCAUUUGCCUUGAUUCCUCUUCUAAAAUUCUCUGCUAGCCCAAAAAUCAUGAAGGAUUAUAAGAACCAUAUGUUUUGGAACUUAUUCUGCAUUGCAGUUUCCCUUACCCUCAUGGCACUGAAUGUCUAUGGACUCAUUCCUUCUACAAAAAAUCCGUGGAUAAUAGCAGGAACAACGAUUGGAUUCCUGAUCUAUUUUGGGAUUAUCAUCGCUGUAUUGCUAUCCCCUGUUCAUAACCUCGCUCCUCUCCAAUCAGAGAUUGAAGAGAGCAAGACCUUCGCUGAAUUAGAGGAAGAAGAGGAUGACUCCAGAGAUGAAGGUAAACCACUAAGGGAAGCACUUCUUAACAGGUCUUCGAAUAUUGUAGAGAGCUCAACGCUAUAAUUCAAACACAUCUG